AUGAUACGGCUGUGGCUCUCGGCCAAACGCCGACCACUACCGACCCGUUUAGUUCUUGCACUCGAGACUCUUCGAUAUUUUACAGAGUGUCGUCAACUACUACUUCCGUCGACUAGUAACAAGUCUGCUUUCGUGCCCUCAUCACAACAACUAAAGAUUGCGAAACUUUGCGCUGACCAGAAUGUCGUGGUAUCGGCAAGGCCUGGAUCUGGUAAAACAGCCACGAUAGAAGCCAUUGCGGCUGCUCAUCCUGACAAAAAGAUUGGCAGCGUUCUCUUCUCCAAGAGACUUCAAAGUGAAACCUCCAGUCGUCUGAAAAAAUAUCACAACAGUCAUGUCUUCACUUUUCACGCCAUGGCCGGAAAGCUUUUGAAAAGAGUCGUGCCAAGUGACCGGGAACUCAUCAGACUAUUGCGAAAGGUUGACCGUGACGGCAAACUUCCUGUGUGGUCUUCUACGCCCUUUGACAUCAUUGUCCUGGAUGAGUUUCAGGACUGUAAUCCAGAGACUUUUUGGCUAGUUGCGUGCUUUCUUCGAUCCAACAACAUCGCAAAAGAAGGACAGCCUGCACGCAUUGUUGUACUUGGCGACGAACGUCAAUCUAUAUAUCGUUUUCGGAAUGCUGAUCCUCGAUAUUUGACUCUGGCUCCUGAACUGCUAGGCCCCAUGAGUCCCUACCCUUUUGCCGAGGUUCAGCUCGGGAAGAGCUUCCGAUUGCCCAUGCCGACAGUGGAUUUCAUAAAUCAUGCUUGGCUGGGCGGAGAGCAAUAUAUCUCGAGCUCAAAGCGUGGCCCAAAGCCCAUUGUCCUAAGAUGCAACCUUUGGGAAAGUCGUGCAAUAGCUGAAAGGCUGUCCCAUCUGAUUAAACGUUAUGGACCACAAAAUUCCGUCAUCAUAGCACCUUCAAUCCGCACAAAAGGCCCGUUACAAGGCCUGACAAAUAUGCUGGCUGAGGUAUAUGGCAUUCCUAUAUCUGUGCCUACCGACGACGAUGCGCCUCUUGAUGAUCAAGUGAUCCAUGGAAAGAUGUGUAUAUCCACCAUUCACCAGUUCAAAGGCCGCGAGCGUGAAUUGGUAAUACUCCUCGGUAUGGACUCUACUUACUUCGAGUUCUUAGGUCGCGAUCAGCCCGAUGAUACGUGUCCGAAUGAAGCUUUCGUGGCUCUGACACGCGCUUUGAGCCAGCUUGUUGUGCUUCAUCAAGACGAGAAUAGCAUGAUGUCUUGUAUGUCCGUCGAUGCUCUGUAUAACACAGCUGAAGUCCUGAAUAUGAUAGGCAGCAAAACAGAAAUUAUUCCACAACCUGGCCCGCCUGGUCGACCUCUGGAACUUGGACUCCUCCUCCCACUAUCCGUCGGUGUCCGUGACAUGACUCGUUAUAUACAGGGAGACGCUCUUGAUAGAAUAGUCAAGCGUUGUCUGCAUGUUAAACGGGCUUCGUCACGUCUACUAGGCCGUGAGCGUAUCAACAUACAAAAUGUGGUUGCCUCGGACACGCAAAAGGGAUUCUUCGAAUCUGUAAGCGACAUAAAUGGCCUUGCCAUUGCCGCUUCCCUGGAGCUUGAAACUUUAGGUACCUUGAAGUCGCUAGAUGUCGACCAGAAGGAGGUCAACAAAAAUAUGCCUAUCGUUCCCCAACAAUUGGCUCCUUGGCUUUGCCGUCACGCUUGCAGGUAUGAGGCUAAGCUAUCCGGCUAUCUACCACGCGUGAUACAAAUGGAACAUCACAAGUUUGAUUGGAUCAGGCAUCAAGACCUUGAGCUUGCUAGACGUCGACUUGGCAACGAGUUGGCAGAUCCUGCUACAAGCCUGGAGUUUGAGGUUGAAAUGUCGGAAAGAUUUCACGUUGACAAGGAGUCAACCACUCUGUAUGGCCGAGCAGAUAUUGUUGCAUCUUGCCCCGUCGAGAACAAAGACGCGAGCGACAAAACAAUAUGGGAAAUCAAGUUUGUGUCACAGCUAACCAACGAGCAUAUCGUUCAGGCUUGUGUAUAUGCAUACUUGUUCGGUUCGAAAUCUGGAGAAUUGCCGCGUAUUGUAUUAUACAACGUACGAGAUGGAGACAAGCGCGAGAUCACACCAAGACACGGACGGCCUAGCCUGAGAAAGCUGGUUACAGAUGUUCUUACACUACGGUACACGGCUGGAGGUGAGGUUUCAUACGAGGAGUUUAUCAAGCGUUGCACAGAGACAACACAGAAAGUGAUGGACUUGGGUGGUAGUAAAGACGAGGAAUGA